CUACAAUGUAAGGGAUAAAGUCUCUAAAAGGUCAAGCCAAAGAGAACCGAAUAACUUGUUCUCAUCAAUUUUCAAUUUUUAAAAAAACCCAAUUUGCCAACUCAAUUUUACUCAUCGAAGAAACUAUUUUUAAAUGAUUUCCAACAUUGUAAAUUUACGAUAUAAAAGCUCCCUCUUUUUCUCAUGAUCUCAUCCAUCGCACCCACCUCUGGUUUCUCAAUGGAGUGGACGAGAGGAAGGGUAAUCGGCUGCGGCUCCUCUGCCGCGGUCUCUGUCGCCACUGAUCUCCGGUCUGGCCAACUGCUGGCGGUUAAAUCAGUUGAGUUCGACCGCUCGGAUUUUAUUAAGAGGGAACAGAGGAUUCUUUCGCAAUUGAAUUCUUCGCGUGUUAUAGCUUGUAAGGGAUUUGAUGUUACGUUGGAAAAUGGGAAUUUGAUGUGCAAUCUUUUGAUGGAGUUUGCGUCUGGUGGGUCGAUUUUGGAUGCGAUGGAAGCGGCUGGUGGUCGGUUAGAUGAGGCGACGGCCCAAUUCUAUACUCGAGAGAUUUUAAGUGGGCUCGAGUAUGUUCAUUCUAAUGGUGUGGUGCAUUGUGACAUUAAGUGUUCUAAUAUUUUGGUCGGUGAAGAUGGGAUUAAAAUUGCGGAUUUUGGUUGCGCGCGGCGGGUGGAGGAGGUUUCCGGUGGAAAUUUGGCCGGAACGCCGAUAUUCAUGGCGCCGGAGGUGGCACGAGGAGAAAAACAGGGGUUUGCAGCUGAUGUUUGGGCAGUGGGCUGCACAGUGAUCCAGAUGGUGACCGGUCGAGCUCCGUGGGAGGAUAUGUCCGAUCCAGUGGCCGCCAUUUACAGAAUUGGGUCCAGCGAUGACUUGCCGGAGAUUCCGAGAUUCAUGUCGGAGCAGGGCAAGGAGUUUUUGCGGCGGUGUUUGAUCAGAGACCCAGAAGAACGGUGGUCCGUAAGUGAGCUCUUAAAACACCCUUUUGUUCACGAGCAGAAAUCUCGUCCCAAACAGAAUCCAAGAACACCGACGAGCAUUUUGGAGCAAGAAUUAUGGAACACGAUGAACGAUUUGGAAACAGUUCAAAGUCCGAUCAGACCAAAAUUUUACAGAACGCCAUUGCAGAGGAUCCAGCAACUGAGCGAAGUGUCCAAAUUUCAGUCUUUUGGAAUACCCAAUUGGGAGAGCAACGAAGAUUGGGUAACAGUGAGAAGCAAAGACAUGGAAGAAGAAGAAGAAGACAGAGAAAAAAGAGAUUUCAUUUCUGAAUUGGAAUUGCCCUGUUCCUCUGAAUCCAUGGCAACGACAACUCAGAAUGGAGCUGGUGAUCAAAAUUAUAUUAGUAUUAGUAAAAGCAGUGAUUAUUGUUGCAAAAAAAUCAACUUUCCUAUGUCCUCUGUUUUCAGCCAGAUUGUAUCAUUGAACAUUGUUAAUUUUUGUAAUAAUAACAAAUUAUGUUAUGUCAUUUCUUUGCUUCUUGUGUUUCUAUCCGCCAGUUCAGUUCAUCUUACAUCUUUUAGAUAUAAUGAAUUCAUUUUGAUUUAUCACAAUAUUGACGAAAAUGUCGCCGAAAGUUGCCCAUAAUUUAUAGUAAGAUGA